AUGGAUGAUGGUGGUGCACUGGAACUAGGUGAAGGUGACCUGCCGGCGCCGUCAACGCCCCGCUCUGCACGGGCAGUGGCCGAGGAGGGAAGCCCGGAGCGAACACCUGGCCCAGGCGAAGGGAGCCCGAUUGACGCCCCGGACACGGAUCUGUUGCUGGAGGCUUCAGCGCGCUCAAGCCGUCGUGCCGCCGCGCUUCGUGGUGUGCUGGAGGGACUGAGGAUCACUCGCGUCCCACCGCCACUGCCGGGCCACAUGAGGAGGCAGAUCGCGGGGCGGCGGCCUUCCUCGGAUCAGGCUUUGGACGAUGACAUGGCGUCGUCGUGGGCAUCGGAAGGCCUGGAGCGCGCUCCACCAACCGAUGCGCGCAACGAGGAGGAGCCACGGCGGGUGCCGCCGCAGAUGCCGCUGCCCGGCGGAGGAGGAGCCCCGCCGAAUGAGUAUCCCUGGAGCACGUGGGGCUCCGAUGACUUCGCCCAGACGCCCCCGGCAGUCAGUGCCGAGGAGCCGGAUCCGAACUACACUGCCUUCGAGCACCCGGAGGAGAGCUACCGGAUACAGGCCCUGGAGGCACGAGAGGCCCUCGGGCGGUGCGAGGCCGAGCGGUCGCUGCGGGAAGGGCAGGCUGCAAAGCGAGAAGCUGACCUGCGCAACGAGAUCAUCCUCCUCCGGUCGGGGCAGUCCCGCGAGCGGGAGCGACUGCGAGGCGAAGCCAAGCGCCUGCAGACUUCGCUCAAAGACGCCCACAGCCGGCUGAAGGCGGAGUCCGAAGCAAAAGCAGCCGCAGCGGCACAGGCAUCGCAGCUCGCCGCACGGCUGGCGGAUGCCGAGGCCAAGUUAGAGCAGCUUCCAGCGCUCCGCAGGGAGACCAUGAACUUGCGCCAGGCCCUGGUGGCUGCGCGAGCGGAGAGCAAACUCCAGGUCGCAGCAGCAAGGCGGACAGAGGAGGCGCACGCAGAGCUCCGGCAAUCGGAGCGCACGCAGCGUGCCGUGACAGAGGCUGCCGAGAAAGCAGGCCUCCACGCUCAGCCGGGGUGUGCCCAGCAGGAGGAGCCCCAGGAGCCCGAGGAGUUCAAGGAGCCCAGGGAGCGCCUGGAGAGGACCGGGAUGGCCGCGAUGCGCACCGAAGCGCGCAGUCGGGUGCGGCAUGCAGAGACGAGGCAGCGCACGCUCUUCCAGGAACUGCGCGCCGAGAAAGAGGCCCGGGCGAGCGCUUCGGAGACGUACGAGGAGGAGCUCCAGCAGAUGCAGCUCCGCUUGGCUGCACUUCAGCGUGCUAAGGAGGCAUCGGAGCGGUACGUCGAGGAGGAGGAGGAUGCUUGGAUCAGGUCUCAGAAGGCACUGCGCAAGGCGGAGGCCCAGGCUGCCGAGGUCUCCGGAACUCUGUCGCGCUCAGAGGCCGAGGCUGCGGCCGCCACUCAGGAUGCCGUCUUGGCGCUGGCAGCACAGCAAGCAGCGGAGGCUGGCCGGCGACGGUUGGAGGCAGAGCUUUCAGACCUUCGUGAGCGUGUCGGUGAAGUGUCCGCGCGGCCCUCAGCCUUGAGACCGCCAAGGAUGCAUAGGAAGCUGGCGGCGCAAAGCGUGCGAACCCCAGGAAACCUCAAGCUCGCCUGUUUGUACCUCCAUUCUGUGGACGACAGCAAAGGCGGGGACCAGCCAUUCAAGGCAUACUUUCUGGGUGUUCAGAGCAAGCCCCUGGAUGAGCUGUACCUUGAGCGGCUGCACCCAAGCCUGCGGGCCAUGUUCGCGCGGCACCCAGAGUCGGACCCAGGCGUCCUCCCCGACGCUGAAGGCGAUGUGGGAACACGAGGCGUGCCUCGCAUGUGCACCCCGAAGCAAGCAACAGCCAAGCCCUUCAAGAUGGUUCAGAGCUUAAAAAAGCUCAAGGGCCCUUCCGCUGAAGUGCCCGUGAGAAGCAGGGAGAAUCCGGCAUCGGAUCGCUAG